AUGGCUCCACGAAAAAGCGGGAUUAAAAACAUCGUUGCUAAAUUAGUGACCGGCAAAACAGCGCCUUGCGCCUUUUGUAAUCGGAAAGUGGACGAUGAACUUCAAUAUGGUAAACUGUAUGCCAUAGGAAACGUACAAUGCCAUUAUUAUUGCGUGCUGUUGUCAUCAUGUUUAAUACAGAAGGGGAAGGAUGAACAUGGAUUAUUUGGAUUCCUCUACGAAGAUAUCCUUGCUGAAGUGGAAAGAUGUAAAAAACACAAAUGUUCAUACUGCAGUCAAAUCGGUGCCAACUUGGGUUGCUCAAUUUCACAAUGUAGAAAACAAUUUCAUCUACCGUGUGGUAGAGAGAGGAACUCUGUAUCUCUGUUCUAUGGCAAUUAUAAAACCUUCUGCCAAAAUCAUGCGCCCAAACAGAAGAUCCCUGAAGUUAUAAUGGUGAAGGCGAGAUUACGGAAAUCCAGAGACAACAAAAUUAAAAAAACAAUGUGCUCUUUCAAAGAUUUAAAAGAACUGUCCUUAGAUGGAAAUACUAAUGAUUCUGACAGUAACACGGAGUCAGUAUGUGUGAUAUGCUAUGAACACGUGGAAGGGUAUCCCACACCGAACACAUUCUGGCCCCCUUGCUGUGCGAGGGAUGCCUGGUUUCACAGAACUUGUUUACAGCGCAUGGCGCUAAGUGCCGGUAUGCACUAUAUAAAGUGCCCGCUAUGUAAUGACAAAGAGAAUUUCUAUCAAGCUGUCAUCAGUCAAGGAUACUAUGUACCGGACAGGGAUGCUGCGUGGGAGCUGGAGCAGAACGCCUUUGCGGAAAUUUAUGAGAGACCCAUCAGCUGUUCAGCGCCAGACUGUGUGUGUCCUCAAGGCCGAAGUCACGACGCCGAGAACGGUCCAUGGAGCAUCAGCGUGUGUAUGCUGUGCGGGAGCAGCGGCCAGCACGGCGGCUGCGUGACGGACCCCUCGAACCUGCACGUGCAUAUCUGCGCGGUGUGCAAGCCGGCCGCGCCUGAAGACCUGGAGAACCUGGCUAAUAGCAUAGAAGCUGUAAUAUCACAAGAACAGGUUCAAACCUCGUCCCGGAGACGUCCCGGACGAGUCAUGCCCAGUCGGAUGUCGUUGCGGAGGACCAAACGGAAUGUGUCCGGUCCUGUCGCCUCCAGUUCCACUCUGGCAGUAAAAUCUGGAAUAGAUUCGCAAAUAUCCAACACAACAUCAAGCCGUGAAGAGCUCAAUUUAAAACGACCAAGAAAACCCACCACAGAAACCACCAUCAACAGUUCUAUUAACCUUAAAUUUUCACCAAACAAAUUAGAAAAAACAGACCAAAUGUCGCCAUUGAAACUUAUAAAUAGCAAAAAUGAUUCUCCCUCGAAGUUUUUGGAGGAAGGUUUGAAGAACAAAUUCGGUAAUCAGGAAGUUGCGAUCAAAGAUGAACUGCUAGAUGAAUUGAGGAGGAAAUUUAAGAAACCACAGCCGUUGAGUGCUAAGAGGAAAAUUGUCAAUGAAAUUCUGAACGGUCUCUUUGACAACGUACUUCAAGAGACGAAGCAGAAGGAGCCAGUUAAGCAAUGGUGCUCGCCCAAGAAGUGUGUGGAGACGGACGACGAUGUUAUUGUGGUACCAGAAUCCCCUCCAGAAGUAAUAGAUCUCACCAAAAGCCAAGAUAUCAUCACACCUAGACACGAAACAGCAGAACUACCCCCAAUUGAGAACACAACCCCAUUACACCGAGACGAAAACAGCCCAAUAUUCAACACACCCAAAAAACUCAAAACCAUUGACACUUUAACAGAUUCUAGUUUAGAAAUAUCAGCAAACAAUGAAAUAGUCAACAUAGAUGUAUUUAAACUUGAAAAUAAACAAAACGAACAGUUCACAAAACUGAAAAUACCGUUAAAAAAGGAAAAAUGCGGUUUUAAAUGCAGUCCUUGUAAUAAAGAAGAGUUGGAUAACGAAAAUAUUGAUAUUGACUUGGAGAGUUUCAAGAACCAGUAUUUAGAUGAGGUCAGCGGUACUAAAGUCAACGAGAAACCGAAUCCGGUUAGGAAAAGAAAACCGGAUAGCAAUGAAAUUAUUGUAAACUUAGAAUCUAAGAAGCGUAAAUUAAAACGCAGAAGUAGUAUAUCAAUUAAAGAUAAAAAUAUACAAGUGAAAAUAAAAUGGAGAAGGGAACAGUUAAAAUUGCAAUUCAACAAUAUCAAAACUAAGAAGAAAUCUAAGAAAUUUAGACAGUAUGUACUACAAUAUUCUCCGGAGAAGGCAACUCACAGUCGUCAUAAAUUAGAUGGGAACCGAUCGGUUUUGACCAAACCGGAGGUGGAUAUCACACCGAUCAAAAAGAAGAAAAUCAAACAAGAAAAGACACCAGACAACUUAAUCCAGACUUCAAUUCAAAAAUUUUUUAAAGUCACAAGUCCUGGUAAAGAGUGA